AUGGACGAAACCGGUCUCUUCUACGCUAUGCGUCCGUCUACGGGCCUUGCUCGGAACGGUCGAAAUGGUGUCAAGAUGAAUAAGACUCGCAUCAUUGCGAGACAUGAGGCGUGGAACGACAUCCGCCCCCGAGACGAUUGCCAACUGCUGGCGCCACGCUCAAAUCUUGUCUGA